AUGAGAAGCUUUCACAGAAACCGUUCUCUUGAAAACAUUUUCCACUUUCUUAAGGCUUUCACCACUCUCUUACUUUUCUACCACUCUUCUUUCUUCCCUAUUUUCCUCCAAUCAUUUUCCCAUUUCUAUGCUCUUUCCAUCACCGUCUUCUCCAAUUCUUUCUUCGCAUUUCUCAUCCUCAAUGCCAUCAUUAUCUUUCUCUAUAUACUCUCCAAUCAAAACUGCGACGGUGACGUUUCCAGCGACGACACUUAUAACCAUAACCAAAACCAAAACCAGUUUCUUAAAAUAAAUGCACCGGAGUUAUUUACCGAUCCGGUAGAGUCUCUGCCGGAGAAACAACAUGAUCCGGUGGUAGAGGCUUCACCAGAGAAAGUUAGUUCGGUUUUUAAGGAAACCGUCACGGCGGUUACUGAGACCACGACCACGACAAUGACUAGUUGUACGACUGUGACAACUAGUGGAGGAGAUGAUAAAGUUUCGGUUUCGGAGAAAAAGUGUUACCAGAGAGUACUGUCGGAGUUUUAUGAGCGGAGGUGUGUGGUGGCGCAUGAACGGCGAGAGAUGAAGAAGGAACCGCAGAGGCAAUUUUACGUGGAAAAUAUGAGUAAAGAAGAGUUUAAUCGAACCGUAGAGGAAUUCAUUGCUAAACAUAAGAGGAUGCAAAGGGAGGAGCAACUACGGUUGACUUUGGCUCCAUAA